AUGGAUGCCGAUGUUGAUGCGAUCGAUAUCAGUGAUGAUGAUGACGACGACGCUGGUAUAUUCAGCAUCGCCAAUGACUGCCAAAGUGAGGAAUAUGACGCCUCACUGGCAAAGACAACGUUCUUUCAGCAGUACACGAAGCACACUGCUGUUGACAAGGAUGAGUCAGCAGAGGAAUUUCCGCUGGCUUGCGAAGCGGUUGUCCGCUUCGUUCAAGACUCUAUUACAGAUGCAAUAGACAAGCAGAAAAGAAAUGCAGACAAACAUGGAAGAGCAAAUGCUCUUUCAUUUGAUGAAGGAGACUCAGUUUUUGCUGUCUACAGUAGACCUACCAAAACACAGUGA